AAAAUACGACGUGCGAUAAUUCCGGUUGCCGUCGUCGUCACCAGUGCCCGCGUACGCAUUAUACUUUAACUCCUGUAUGUGUGUGUCCGUGUUCACUUCUUCAUUGCGACUCUAGGUGGUGUUCCGUUGUAUUCGUUUUCCACUCGUCCCUUCGCUUUUCCGUCUGCCGAAGAAUCGUCUCUACACAAACUCCGUGUACUCGUUCGCUGUUCAUCGGACACAAUCUCAACCAUGAAAACACCGUUGAAACUGGCGCUGUGCGCGCUGUUUUGCUUAUCCACCGCAGCCCUGGUUGUCAACGCAGAAAUUUACUUCGAAGAAAACUUCGCCGACAGUUCGUGGGAAGACGAAUGGACGUACUCGGAACACCCCGGAAAAGAGUUCGGUAAGUUCGUCCACAGCUCGGGCGCUUUCUUCAACGACGCCGAGGCUGACAAGGGUAUACAAACGUCACAGGACGCCCGGUUCUACGCACUGUCCAAGAAGUUCAUCCCGUUCAGCAAUGAAGGCAAAAAUCUCGUCAUCCAGUACACCGUCAAACACGAACAGAACAUUGAUUGUGGUGGUGGAUACGUCAAACUGUUCAACUGUGAUCUGGAACCUAAGAAAAUGCACGGUGAAACCCCUUAUGAGAUCAUGUUCGGACCGGACAUUUGUGGUCCAGGUACAAAGAAAGUGCAUGUUAUCUUUAGCUACAAUGGCAAGAAUCUGUUAAUCAAUAAAGAUAUCCGUUGUCGUGAUGAUGUCUAUACUCAUGUAUACACACUUAUUGUUAAGCCUGAUAAUACUUAUGAAGUCUUGAUCGAUAAUGAAAAGGUAGAAUCUGGUGAAUUAGAAGCCGACUGGGACUUCUUACCACCCAAGAAAAUCAAGGAUCCUGAAGCUAAGAAACCUGAAGAUUGGGAUGAAAGGGCAACUAUUGAUGACCCUAAUGAUGAGAAACCAGAAGAUUGGGAUAAACCAGAACAUAUUCCUGACCCAGCAGCCACCAAACCAGAAGAUUGGGACGAUGAAAUGGAUGGGGAAUGGGAACCAGCAAUGAUAGAUAACCCUGAUUUCAAAGGCGAAUGGAAACCAAAACAGAUUGAUAACCCUAAUUACAAGGGAGUAUGGGUACAUCCAGAAAUUGACAACCCAGAAUACAAACCUGAUGACAAAUUAUAUGCAAGGAAAGAAAUUUGCGCUAUUGGUUUUGACUUAUGGCAAGUGAAAUCUGGUACUAUUUUUAACAAUGUUUUGAUUACUGAUGAUAUUGAAGUUGCUAAAGAAAAAGCUGAUGCUAUCUGGAAGCCUAGAUUUGAAGGUGAAAAGAAAAUGAAGGAGGCUUUAGAUGAAGAAGAAAGAAAGAAGGAAGAACAAGAAGCUAAGAAAUCGGAGGAUGCUCAACCUGAAGAGGAAGAUGAAGAGGAUGACGAAGAACUUGUUAAAUCCGAUGAAGCCCAUGAUGAAUUAUAAAAAAAGACUGUAUUAUGUCAUUGUUUAAGUUGAUAUAUGAUUAUAAUUUUACUGUAUAA